UCACCCAUACAGCACACAGGUGUUACAAACGACCAUCAAGCUCUCUCUCUCUCUCUCUUCGAUUUCGAUGAUCUUCUCGCUCUAACAACAUCGAAGGCUUUCAUGGUCGAUCUUUUCCGACGACGCUGAUCUUGCUUCACACACCCAUUCUUUCUCGUUAAAGAUAACACCAAGAUUUUCAAAGGGAAAAAGAAAAAGAAAAAGAAAAAGAAAAAACUAUUUGUUGUCAGGUGGGUAAAAUAAUUUACGCAGCAAUUCAUGGCGGACUUAGAAAAGUUGCUUCUGGAGGCAGCCGGAAGAACCAGUACAGCAGGGAGGAACCGUCAUUCGCCUCCAGCAUCUAGACGGCGACACAAGGGUUCAUAUUCUGAUGAUGGAAGUGACUCAAAGGAUGAUGACUCAGAUGAUGAUCGUGGUUAUUCAAACAGAAAACCCUCUGCAUCUCAAGUUCCUUUGAAAAAAAGGCUAGACCCUGCAGAAAGAGACGAUGAUCAGAGCAGCCAGGAAGAAGGUGAUGAUGCUGGUUAUGAUCAUGAUGGUGACAGUGGUGAUGACUCUGUCGGGAGUGAUCUUUACAAGGAUGAAGCUGACAGGCAAAAGCUUGCAGAGAUGACCGAACUUGAAAGGGAGCUCAUAUUAUCGGAACGUGCAUCGAAGAAAGAUGAUAAAGAAUUGCGUGAAAAGAUGAGAUCGAAGCGGAAUGACAAGAAGAUGCCCCAACCUAGAAAAGAGAAAGAGAGUCCGCGUCGUACGUCCUCACGUGGUGUGCGCUCCUCUGCCAGAUCAGCUGACAGAGCUGCGGCAAAGGAUGAUGCGCUGAAUGAGUUGCGAGCAAAACGACUAAAGCAUCAAGGUCCGGAGGCUCAACGGAAAUUGAGGGAUGCAACUAGGGGAGGUUCAGGCAGCAGGGGGUUUUCACCGAUCAAGAGGAAAGCCUUCACUGCAGCAAGUAUAAGUAGCUCCAGCCGGAGUGAAAGUGGUUCCCAUAGUGAUGAUGAAGAGUCAACAGGGGAUGGGGGAAUGGUUGACAGUGAUGAAGACAAGACCUCGCCUGGUUCAGUGCCAAAAUUUGAGGAUAUAAAGGAGAUCACUAUCCGUCGGUCAAAGCUGGCUAAAUGGUUUAUGGAGCCUUUCUUUGAUGAGUUGAUUGUGGGAUGCUUUGUGAGGGUUGGAAUUGGAAAAUCGAGAACCGGGCCUAUCUACAGGCUCUGUAUGGUUCGUAAUGUUGAUGCCACAGACCCUGACCGACAGUACAGGCUGGAUAACAAAAUGACACACAAGUAUUUGAAUGUUGUUUGGGGCAAUGAGAGUUCUGCUGCCAGGUGGCAGAUGGCUAUGAUUUCGGACUCCCCUCCUCUCAAGGAGGAGUUUGACCAGUGGGUUCGAGAGGUGGAGCGCAGCGGAGGUCGGAUGCCGAGCAAACAGGAUGUGCUUGAGAAGAAAGAGGCCAUACAAAAAACCAACACAUUUGUCUACUCAGCUGCCACUGUGAAGCAGAUGUUGCAGGAGAAGAAAUCGGCCACGUGGAGGCCGUUAAAUGUUGCGGCCGAGAAAGAUCGGUUGAGGAGGGAGAUGGAAGUGGCGAAAAGCAGGAACGACGAGGCAGAGGUGGAGAGGAUCAAGGCAAGACUGGUGGAAUUGGAUGCGUCCCGGCAAGUUCAAGAGAAAGAUGCGAAGGCUAUAAGGCUGGCUGAAAUGAACAAGAGGAAUAGGGUUGAGAAUUUCAAAAAUGCAUCCGAACUAAAACCCGUGAAUACGAGUUUGAAAGCCGGUGAGGCCGGGUACGAUCCGUUUUCAAGGCGAUGGACUAGGUCAAUGAAUUACUAUGUUUCAAAGGGCAGCGGUGGAGGAAAUGAAGCUGCCGCUGCUGCAGCAGCGGUGAAUGAUGAUUCUAUUGCAGCGGCAGGUGUGGAUUGUAAAACAGUGGAGGCUGGUGUAGCGGCUACCGCAGCGGCCUUGGAAGCUGCAGCUGAUGCAGGGAAGUUGGUGGACACUAGUGCUCCAGUGGAUCAAGGAACAGAGUCCAAUACGAUGCAUGAUUUUGAGCUACCGAUCUCUUUGGCUACGCUUCAGAAGUUUGGUGGUCCCCAAGGAGCCCAAGCGGGGUUCAUGGCGAGAAAGCAGAGGAUAGAAGCGACGGUUGGAUGCCGGGUCCCAGAUAAUGACGGAAGGAGACAUGUGCUGACACUUACAGUUAGCGAUUACAAGAGGCGCAGAGGGCUGCUUUGAAGUGUGUUAUGCUACUCCCCAGGUAUGUUUUUAAGGUAGAAAUUCUGAUUUUGUGUCAAAAUAAGUUAAGUGUCCUAAUAAGUUAAAUUUGAAUUGGGAGUACUGGGAUUUAAGGGUAGUGUUGUUGUGUAAUUUGUAAGCUGUAAAAUUAUUAUAAUAUAUUUUUUUCUUUUUGGAAGAAAAUUAAGUUGUACUGAAACUUGUUAUCUUUCAUAUGUAGUUUGAAGUUUUGGAGAACAUGAAUGUUGUUUUGGUAAAGACUUUGAAGUUGAUUUUGGAGAUAAAUGCCUGUGAAUUUGUUUUGGUGAA